AUGACUUUACAGAGACAUCUCCUCCUAUUUUCCAUAAUCUUUUUCUGUUUGUCCUCAACGUAUCACCUUGGAGAAGCAUCUAGUUAUAAUGCUCAAGCAAGUCCAUCGUAUUUCAGCUCCAUUUGGAACGGCAAAUUCAAGAGCUUUUUCAAGCAGACAACUCAGGAUCUUAAGCUGCACAGGUUUGAUGAUGAUGAUGAUGAAAAUUACCCUUCAUUGCCUGCUGGUCCUGGAAGACCUGCAUCUAAAACAGUUAGUGUUGAUGAUUUUGGAGCUAAAGGUGAUGGAAGUGAUGACACAGAGGCAUUCGAGAAGGCUUGGGAGCAAGCGUGUUCUUCUACAGAUGGAGUCUCUCUCCUGGUGCCUAAAGAAAAGAGCUACCGUCUUAAGCCAAUCAGAUUCACUGGUCCUUGCAAAUCUAAUCUUAGAGUAGAGAUAUACGGAACUAUAGAAGCAUCUGAUGACCAAUCAGACUACCAGGAGGAUUCCAGGCAUUGGCUUGUCUUUGAUGGUGUCCGGAAUUUAGUAGUGGGAGGAGGUGGAACUAUCAACGGGAAUGGGAAGAUAUGGUGGGAGAACUCAUGCAAAAGAAAUAAAGACAGACCCUGCAAGGGAGCCCCGACGGCCUUGACCUUUUACGAGAACCGACAUUUGGUGGUGAAUAACUUGAAGGUCCAAGAUGCGCAGCAAAUGCAUGUUUCUUUUGAGAAAUGUGUGGAUGUUGAAGCUUCCAAUCUGGUAGUAACUGCACCAGAAGAUAGCCCCAACACUGAUGGAAUUCAUGUCACAAAUACCCAAAACAUCCUCAUUGCAAGCAGCACUAUUGGAACUGGUGAUGAUUGUAUCUCCAUCGUAAGUGGAUCCCAGAAGGUUCAGGCCCAGGACAUAAUUUGUGGGCCUGGUCAUGGAAUCAGUAUUGGGAGCUUAGGGAAAGGAAAUUCAAGAGCUUAUGUUUCGGGAGUAACUGUAAAUGGAGCUAAGAUUUCUGGAACCUCAAAUGGAGUGAGGAUAAAGACAUGGCAGGGAGGGUCUGGAUCUGCAAACAAUAUCAGAUUUCAGAAUGUGGAAAUGAACAAUGUGACUAACCCAAUAAUAAUAGACCAAAACUACUGCGACCAGGAUAAACCCUGCAAAGAACAACCAGCAGCAGUCCAAGUGCAAAACGUGGUUUACCAAAAUAUUGAAGGGACUAGUGCUUCAGAUGUGGCCAUAUAUUUUGAUUGUAGUAAGAGCCAUCCGUGUCAGGGGAUCACAUUGCAAGAUGUUAACCUUACAGGAGAAGAAGGAGGUGAAGCAACCACAGCAACAUGCAACAAUGUUCAAACCACAAUGAUAGGAAAUGUUUCUCCAGGCUGUUCCCUGGAAGAGAGAAGCAUGAUUGCCUGA